UGCUUACCUGCUUACCUGCUUGCUUGCUUCCUUCACCAUUCGUCUCUCGAAUUCCUCACUCGCUCACUCGCUCACUCGAUCACCCAAUUCCUCACUCGCUAGUUGCGGAUAUCUCAUCGACAUUCAUUCUUUGCUUUGUACGGGCCGACGAGCUAAAAGCACAGGACAACGAAACGGCACGAUCAGCUGGAGUUCGCGAACCGACACUGCCAUACCAGUAUUAUAUAUGCUGAGGAUCAGUUUUCACUAAAAGAGCAAGAUCCAAGAUCUUGAGCAGAAGCUCGAUCCAAGUGUCAAUAGUCGUUUGAUGUCAGAGACCGAUUCCUAUAUCAACGAGAAGCAAGAUAUCGAAGCGAAUAAACCUCGAAAGUCGGACAAUAUGCCUUCAAUUCGACAAUUCUUAUUGACUCUUAUGGCCUUUUCCCUCCUUACUAUCACGAUCGUUUCCGCCGCUACCACGAACCGAAGUCCCAGAAAUGUAUCACCUCCUUGUAUGGAAGAUCAACAAGCCUUUAGAGAAUUGCUGAACACUGUUGAACCUGCCAUGCUACAUGAUGUGCUUCACCAACAUAUGACGGAGAAAUAUCAACAUGGCGUUUAUGAAGAUGACAAGGAUGCUCUGGAGGCUGUUUACAGACAGGAACCGGCAGUCGCACAUGCACUGGUUGAGGCCGCAAAGGCAAAUGCUAUGAUUGAAUUGGCUAAGAGACAAGUUGGAUCGAACUCGACAGCUACUCAGGCUGCGAGCACAACACCGGCUGCUACUUCGGAUACUGUCGUCACUUCCGAACCUGCCACAACUUCCUCUGCCACAACUUCGGCCCCGGCGACAACAUCUUCUACACCGGCCUCAACUACAUCUGUUGCGUCAACCGCUACUUCGCCGACAACAUCUGCAACUACCUCGCCCACCACGCAAGCUACUUCACCUACAACCACAGCUCCAACUACUACUCCAACUACUGCUCCAACCACAGCGCCGACUACAACUCCAACUACUGCUCCAACUACUGCCCCAACUACUACUCCAACCACUGCUCCAACCACUGCUCCAACUACCGCAUCAUCGACCCAGGCUACUACAAGUGAUGAAACUACCACACCAGCUUCAACAUCUGCGGCAUCUACAAAUUCGGGAUCGACUUCUACCACUAGUGCUCAAUCUCAGUCGCAAUCUCAAAGUUCUGUGACUUCUCAAGCUACUACAUCUGCAACAGAAGCUCCCACUUCCGCUCCUCAAACUACUGAAACAUCUUCAGGUACCACUACCUCCGUCCCCGUGACCACAGGAGCUUCUACAAGUGAGGCCUCCAUUUCUACUAGGGUGUCGACUUCUCAGGCCACUGCCUCUGGAGCUACUACCUCUGCUGCUACCUCAAGUUCUACCACACAGGCUUCCAGUGAUAGUGUUCUGUCUACAUCGACUAAUUCUGCGAGCUCUCUCGCUACUGACUCUUCUUCUACUAUGGCUAUAACUUCAACAUCUACUAACAUGGCCGAAUCCACAGCUUCUUCAGACGAUAAUACUACACAAGCCCCUGAAGCAACCAGCAGGAGAACAACCAGCAGUACCUCUACCAGAGUUUUUACCACAACACUACCCAAUGGAGCCCUAUCCACCGUCACAUCUGUCACUGUCGUACCUGCUGUGGUUACUGGAUCCCCCGAGAGUUCUUCCAAGACCGCUACUGGAAGUGCAUCAUUACAGACCAACAGUGCUGGAAAGAAUAACUUGGGAAUCAACAUGAUCCUCGGUGCCGUCGGAAUGGUGGUUGUUGGUGCAUUAUAAGCCAACCAGUUGGGACGAAUAAUACAAGAAAUCGAACCA